AUGCCUGCCCUUUUCGGUGGUGAAGCCCACGGUGGCUCCUACCCUGCCGGCGGAUACGGUCAAGAGGACGAUGACCUGAGAGGCGCCGCAGAGCACGCCAGCCGCCACGCCGGCGAUUCAGGAGAUAGCAGCUUGUUCUCUACCCUGCUGGGAGCUCUGAAUGAGAAGAGAGGCAACCUGGCACAGGAGGACGUUGACGAAGACGAUGCUGUUCAGCAACACAAGCGCUUCUUUGGCGGCAACGAUGAUGACGAAAAGGCAACGAGCUCUGGCAUGGGCUCAGCUGCAGCCAUGCAGGCACUAAAGAUGUUCUCUGGUGGUUCGGCAGGUAACUCCGAGUCUGCCAACAGCCAAAGCGCCUUCAUCGGACUUGCCAUGGCCGAGGCCAGCAAGCUGUUUGACCAAAAGGCCAACGAAGGCAAGGUCUCGGGUGAGGCCAGCAAGGAGUCGGCCGUCAUGCAGGCCGGUGAGAUGGCCCUCAAGUUUUACAUGAAGAGCAAGGGAGGAGACUCGUCUUCGUCUUCUGGACUGAUGAGCUUGGCUUCCAAGUUCAUGUAA